AUGUCUAGAAAUACAUCAACAAUAAGUGUCAAAGUAGUCGCUGCUGAAUCACUAUAUAAGAGGGAUGUCUUUAGACAACCUGACCCAUUUGCAGUAAUUACUGUUGACGGCUCUCAGACGAAAACUACUCAAACUGCAAGAAAAACAUUGAAUCCAUAUUGGAACGAAACUUUUACUUUCCAGGCUCUGGAGGAUUCUAUUUUAAUCGUUCAAGUAUUUGAUCAGAAAAAAUUCAAGAAAAAGGACCAAGGGUUUCUUGGUGUUGUCAAUGUGAGAAUUGGUGAUGUCAUCAAUUUCGGGUUAUCGAGUUCAGAAGAAACAAUAACGAGGGACUUGAAGAAACUGAUGGAAAAUGUUGCCAUAAGCGGGAAAAUUAUUGUAGUUAUUUCACACAAUAGAAAUAAUAGUGGCAGCGGUGGUGCUAGCGGUGGAAACAGCAGACCUGCUAGUUCCAGGACCCUGAAUGGCCACAGAUCAACUCCUUCAAACUCAGGAGGACCAACUAAUGGCUCAGCGACAACAGCAGCAACAACGACAGCAUCAACAUCAUCGGCAGCAGCAACAACAACAACAACAACGGCUGCAGCUGCAAAUACUGUGUCCUCCUCUGCAGCGUCAGCCGAUUCUAACGGAACACCAGUUGGAAGUAGCACCGGUGGCGGCGCUUCACAUAGACAGUACUCCUCGUUUGAAGAUCAACAUGGAAGGUUACCACCAGGUUGGGAGAGAAGAACCGAUAACUUUGGAAGAACAUAUUAUGUCGAUCACAAUUCGAGAACUACAACUUGGCAAAGACCUACCUUGGAGCAAAGCGAAUCAGAAAGAGGUCAACAGAGACAAACUGAAACAGAAGCAGAGAGAAGACAACAUCGUGGAAGAACAUUACCUGGAGAACAAGCAAGUACCCCCGUUUCUGUCAACAGCUCAUCUUCUGUUUCUAAUGGCAAUGUCACCGUUAACGCGACUGGUGGAAAUACGCCAGUGAAUCCUGCAGCUGCUGUAUCAAUGGCUGCAACAGGUGCCACAACCUCGGGUUUGGGUGAAUUGCCAUCUGGUUGGGAACAACGGUUCACAAAUGAAGGUAGACCCUAUUUUGUUGACCAUAACACAAGAACAACUACUUGGGUAGAUCCAAGGAGACAACAAUAUAUUCGUACUUUUGGUCCCAACACUACCAUUUCACAACAACCUGUAAGUCAGUUGGGACCCUUACCUUCUGGGUGGGAAAUGAGAUUAACCAAUACAGCAAGAGUAUACUUUGUUGAUCAUAAUACCAAGACCACAACAUGGGAUGAUCCAAGAUUACCCUCCUCGUUGGACCAAAACGUUCCCCAGUAUAAGCGUGACUUUAGAAGAAAAGUUAUAUAUUUCCGCUCACAACCGGCUUUAAGAAUAUUGCCUGGUCAAUGUCAUAUCAAAGUUAGACGAGACCACAUUUUCGAAGAUAGUUAUCAGGAGAUUAUGAGGCAAACGCCAGAAGAUUUAAAGAAAAGAUUGAUGAUCAAAUUUGACGGUGAAGAAGGUUUGGAUUAUGGUGGAGUUUCGCGUGAGUUUUUCUUUUUGUUGUCGCAUGAUAUGUUCAACCCAUUCUAUUGUUUGUUUGAAUAUAGUUCGCAUGAUAACUACACUUUACAAAUCAAUCCAAAUUCAAGUAUUAAUCCAGAACAUUUAAAUUAUUUCAAAUUUAUUGGAAGAGUUGUUGGUUUAGGUGUUUUCCACAGAAGAUUCUUGGAUGCAUUUUUUGUUGGUGCAUUAUAUAAAAUGAUGCUACAUAAAAAAGUUGUACUUCAAGAUAUGGAGGGUGUUGAUGCCGAGUUUUACAGAUCACUAAAAUGGAUAUUGGAUAAUGAUAUAACCGAUAUUUUGGAAUUGACGUUUAGUGCAGAGGAAGAAAUCUUUGGAGAAAGAGUUGAAGUUGAUUUGAAACCAAACGGUAAAAAUAUCGAGGUUACUGAAGCAAACAAACACGAGUAUGUUGAGCUCAUAACGGAGUGGAGAAUAAGCAAGCGUGUAGAAGAACAAUUUAAAGCAUUCAUAGAUGGUUUUAACGAACUUAUACCGCAAGAAUUGGUCAAUGUUUUUGAUGAAAGAGAGUUGGAAUUAUUGAUUGGUGGAUUAGCCGAGAUUGAUACUGCUGAUUGGAAAAAGCACACUGACUAUAGAGGUUACCAAGAACAAGACCAAGUUAUCAAAUGGUUCUGGAAAUGUAUCAAUGAAUGGGAUUCAGAGCAAAAAGCUAGAUUACUACAAUUUACCACAGGUACUUCUCGUAUACCAGUGAAUGGGUUUAAGGACUUGCAAGGUAGUGACGGACCAAGAAGAUUUACUAUUGAAAAAGCAGGAGAACCUAACCAGUUGCCCAAAUCCCAUACAUGUUUUAAUAGAGUUGAUUUACCACCCUAUGCUGAUUAUGAGAGUUUGAAACAGAAAUUAUCUUUGGCUGUGGAAGAAACUGUUGGAUUUGGUCAAGAGUAG